AUCGUGGAUGACUGUGGUGUUGAUGCUUGAAGUGUUGCUGUCAGCUCAAGUAACCAGAAAUGGAAAGUUCUGCGAAAACAGAGAAAUAUGAAAAGAUGUCUUUUGAAAAGGCACAAGUGUCCGUUGAUUCUGAAACAGAGUCUCCUCUGCGUGCUAAUGAAACGGCCGCUGCAUCUGGCCCGAGGCUUUCUGGAAAGACACCUGCAUGCCAGCAAGUAGAUCGAGCAGAACUGAGCAGAGAGUCUGAAGAUGAUCUUGUAGAGCAGAAUUCCAGUCAUGUGGCAGGCUCUCCAUCCAAGAAAAGAAAGCUUGAUGCUGAGAUCAUCUUAGAGGAGAAACACUCUGAUGAUGAUGGAGGCGUUUCAAAGAAGAGGAAGCUGCAAAGUGGUGACGUUUCAGAAGAUAAGCCUUCCUCUGGAGGGUUCACCCAGAGAAAGAGAAAACUGCAAUCUGAGGAUGUUGGAGAAAAGCGCCAAAAGCUAGAGGAAGGGCACAGCUCCACAGUGGCUGCCCACUAUAAUGAGCUUCAGGAAGUCGGUUUGGAGAAGCGCAGUGAAAGUCGGAUUUUUUAUCUAAGAAACUUUAAUAAUUGGAUUAAAAGUAUUCUUAUUGGGGAAUUCUUAGAGAAAGUACGACAAAGAAAAAAUCGUGACAUCACAGUUCUGGACCUGGGAUGUGGCAAAGGUGGAGAUUUGCUCAAGUGGAGGAAGGGGAGAAUUAGCAGACUAGUGUGUGCUGAUAUUGCUGAUGUUUCUAUGAAACAAUGUCAACAGCGUUAUGAAGACAUGAGAUGUCGUCGCGAUAAUGACUAUAUUUUUAGUGCAGAAUUUAUAACUGCUGACUGUUCAAAGGAACUUUUGGUUGAAAAAUUCCAUGAUCCAAAAAUGUACUUUGACAUCUGUAGCUGUCAGUUUGCUUGUCAUUACUCCUUUGAGUCCUGGGAGCAGGCUGAUAUGAUGCUUAGAAAUGCUUGUGGAAGACUUAACCUUGGGGGCUAUUUUAUUGGUACCACUCCCAAUAGCCUCGAACUGAUAAGACGCCUUGAAGCUUCAGAAACAGAAUCAUUUGGAAAUGAAAUAUACACUGUGAAAUUCCAGAAGAAAGGAAAUUAUCCUUUAUUUGGCUGCAAAUAUGACUUCAACUUGGAAGGUGUUGUGGAUGUUCCUGAAUUCUUGGUCUAUUUUCCAUUGCUAACUGAAAUGGCAAAGAAGUAUAAUAUGAAGCUAAUCUAUAAAAAAACAUUUCUGGAAUUCUAUAAAGAAAAAAUUAAGAACAAUGAAAACAAAAUGCUCUUAAAACGAAUGCAGGCCCUGGAGCCAUACCCUGCGAAUGAGAACUCUAAACUCGCCUCUGAAAAGGUGGGCGACUAUGCGCAUGCAGCAGAGCACAUGAAGAACAGUCAAGGAAGGCUGCCCCUGGGAACCUUAAGUAAAUCAGAAUGGGAAGCUACAAGUAUCUACUUGGUUUUUGCCUUUGAGAAGCAGCAGUGAGCAAGUUGCCUCAGAGCAGCACUCCAUCUUUCCAGAGCAACAAACCAUCUUAGAUACUCUUGACAGCUGUCUGUUUAUUUUAAUAGUAAGUUGUAAAUGUGUAGGAUGCUGCCAAAACAUCCAUGUAUACAAUUGACAUUUACUGUCUGUGACAGGUUAGCAUUGUGUGUGUAUAGAAGAAUGCUUGUCUUUAAGAUCUGUUUUUUAAGUAAUGUUCUAAGAAUUGUUUCUCUCUUCUGUCAAGAACUAUAGCAAGGCAUGUCAGAGCACUGACCUCUCCACAGUACUGUGAUGUGCUGAGUGUGUUUACAGAGCUGAAUUUACAACAACUGUAAAAUUGGCAAAGGAGCGCUAGUUUGCCACCAUGCACUCAUUUCAAGUUGUGUUACAGUGUUUUUCAAGAUUAAAUGAAUUGUGUUCUAUACAUUUAAGUGUAAGUGUUCAACAUAUACUGCUAAAGCUGUAUGAUUAAAAUUUGAUUUUAGAUUGUCGUAAGAGCCACCUGGCUAGAUUUUUGACAGUGUUUCAAUAAAAUAACUAUUUGCUAAUACCCUGCAAUUAAGAGACUCUAUAGAACAUUUUAGAUGGCAGUGUAGCGUAAUUGUGGGGUGGUUGAUAUUC